AUGUCUACACUAGGCCGCAUUGCAAACUCUUUAACCAAUAUCAACAAUGAAAACAUACUAACCUUGGCAAAUCUCAACUUCGACUUUACCGUCUUUAAAUUCGACGCUCCAAAAGAGUUCGCUACUAUUGGGAAUAGCCUUUCGCUGCGGCGUCGUGCUGAUGCCGAGGAAGGCAAGAUUCACAAGACGGCUCGCAAGCUUGCUGCCCUCUUUGAAUCCCUGGUCCCUUCUACUCCAAAUUUACUCAAGGCGUAUGGAACAAGAUCAUCUGAGAUAGCCAGCGAUCCACAAGCCAACCCAAAAGGUUCAGAUGACCAUGGACCUUUCGAAGAAUUCAUUGGGAUCGAUGGCUCGUCCUUAUGGGCCGCAGCUACCUCCAGUGCAAUGACUUUCGACAGGCAUGCAGCUAUCUCAAUGUAUCUCUUGGCGUGCAUUCUCGCCCGAGCUUGGGAAGCAGAUAAAUCAAUUUCCAUAUGGACCGAACUGGUGGGCGAGCGACAGGCUGAGAUUAUGAAAGCAACUGAAGAGGGACCGCAAUUGACCUCCACAUAUAUGGCCGCAUGUCAGGACAUCACACGAGAAGAGCUUGCUAAAUGGGAUGCCAGCGCUAGAUCAUGGUUGCGGAGCGCCGAUGAAGUCAAACGGGUCGCCUAUACCAAGUUCAUGCUCAUUGCCAAGAAUAUUUCUGUCAAUCUUUGCCAAAGCAGGUCGACUUAUCAGAACGUCGUCGACGUCUGGCGUCAUGCACUACUCGGCAUGGAAGAUCUCAUCCAAGGACGGCCUCAAGAGGCUUCCGAUGGAGCGGUACUUCUGGCACUUUCGGCAUGGCAUAUCUAUCCAGAUCUUAUGAUUCUGGGAAGCUCCACUAAAUCGAUUGAAUUUGAUGACCCCCUUGUGCAAGCUGGUGGCAUCAUUACUGUCGGCCUUCAGUACGCCGUGGACAAUGGAGACGCCGGAAUGCACUGGUCGUUGACGUUAUCCCAGUACCAAUUUUAUGAGCGCAAGGCGAAAGUCAGCACCGGUGACGGGACCAGCCGUAUUACUAUGGACGAGCUCUUAAUCAUGGCCCUUGGAAGCUUAUUUUCGGCUUGGGAUGUGUUGAAAAAUGAACAAACCGAAACUGCCAAUUGGUUGAUCAAGAUUUUUGAUCUAAUGCAUCAGUCCACCGAUCUGCCGUGGCUUGCAGUGCUCGUGGAUGCAAGUCACAAGUUUUUAGAGAUGAACCAAAACGACUCAGCACGCUGCUUUGCCCUUGUCGCUUAUAGUAGGAGGCGGGCUAAGAAUCUUCUUGGUUUCCAAGAGUUAAAACCCCAGCCCUUUUUCGGUCUCCGCAGUUACCCCCUUCUACGCUCAUUGUCUUUGAAGCCUGGAAGUAAACAAGUCAUCGCGUAUCUCAGAGGUCUCUGUGAGACGGUGAACAUUACAGGGACUCACUGUCUGAUACGCUAUCGAGAACGUUGGCAAGGCACUACGAGGACUAUAUUCGCUACUGCACUUCCACGUGACAAGAUUUCGACCAAGCGCCCACUGGACAGAUCGCCAAAGCGAGAAAAGAGGCACUAUUACUGGUUUCCUUUGGGGCAAAAAAGGCCCCCCUGUUUUGAGUGCCUCGCAGGCUCCUCAGGUGCAUUGGCAGAGAGUCAGGGCCGUGGGGCUUGUCGCUUUGGGGAGUUGUUGGAUUGUCAACCUGGGUCUGCCUGCGUAUAUUCCGAGGAGAUGGCCAACGAACAGUGUCUAGAGUAUGAUCCCCAACGUAUAACUACAAAUCAUGACAGUUCGGGGGAAACCUUUCGCUGGUAUAACGCUCCUGCGAUACUACGUGAAUAUCAUCAUUCAGAGUAUCGCGGAGUAAGGGACAUGGAUUUGACGUUCAGACUUUGCUAUGGUGACCCACAGUCCUUUGCCAUAUUUGCCAUAGUGCCCGUUCUUCGCUUUUCUUUCGGCAAGAGGAAUAGCAAGACGACUGAAACAUUCGAGUCUCUUGAAGCAGCUUUAGAGACUGCUUGUCUUGCGGAGAAUACCUUCCUACAGGCGAGCACAAUGCUUGAACAGAAAAUCAACCCUGCGUCUCUGAGCCAGUACCUUACUUGGUAUGGGGGCAACAGGGCCAGGUGUGCUUGGCUCACUCAUAGCCGCGCUAUUAUUCGUGGCAACGAGACCUUCGAUGUACCGGAACAACCUUUUAACCACAACUUAGGAGUGUUUCUCAAAGCCAACCUUCUCGAUCCUAUUCAUUAUCAAGCUCUAAUCACACUUACAAAGGCUCAGACAGUAUUUGCGCCAUUCAAAGAAUUGACGGUUCCCUUGCAAGCUGUUUCAGUUGUUAAUCUUUGUGAUGUUCAAUGGUUUAUGAACAACGGCUCCGUUCCUUUCAAUAUCCAGUUAAACAUCUCAGAGCGCCUUGCAUGUAUUGUAGGGUUCGAAUCUUGUUUUUCGAAGAUCAGGUGUUCUGACCUUGACAACGUCUUUGCUGUUUCGUUUGGGAACUCGAUCUUCGUUGCAUCAGAACUACUCACCGAUCCUCUAAACCACAAAAAUUGUACUGACGAAUUCCAGAGACUGGCGGGAAAUGUAGGUAUGUUGGGCAUCUCAUUGUUGGUGCCACCCAGAUCGUCUCUGAAAAGAACAGCGCCAGGUUAUGAUCUACGCCUCGUCCCACACAAUAGAUACGACCACGGCCGAGAGAACAACUUCCAAGGCACGUCACUGCAUUUAUCUUUUACAAGCUGGAGAGAGCCUUUGAUCAUUGCAAGUCAGGGAACGAUUGAUCAAAACAUUUUCUACGUCGAAAGUGUUCUCUCUGUCCAUGACCGCGGAAAAUGGGUUGCCGAUUUCAAUAUCUUCGGCGAACAGGAUUUCACGAGACUGCAGCCGCCCGUUGGGAAAUGGGAUUUUGAUUGCGAGUGUACUGGAGAUGGGAAUAAAGCAGCGACUUCAAUCGACGCUUGGGAAGAGAUAAUCGACCCACCCGAGAAUGUUGGUAUCAUACGGGCACACAACAACUGGGCUGCGCGCUUGGCUGCUCAAGCUGUUUGCCUCUCCGUAGAGGACUUAAGGGUGUUCGUCGUGCAGCCUCACAGGACUUUCUGUGUGAAGUGCAUCUCUAGGUCUUUUGAAAAAGCUGGUGAGGUGGAUUCCGAUCGUUUCAUCAUCAUCGACUGA